UCGGGUCGCCGACGAGACCCGCCGCCAUGAACCGCUUCUUUGGGAAGGCGAAGCCGAAGGCGCCGCCGCCCAAUCUGACGGACUGCAUUGGCUCGGUGGAUAGCAGAGCGGAGUCCAUUGACAAGAAAAUUGCUAGGCUUGAUGCUGAACUGGUGAAGUAUAAAGAUCAAAUGAAGAAGAUGAGGGAAGGGCCGGCAAAGAACAUGGUAAAACAGAAGGCACUGAGAGUGUUAAAACAGAAGCGAAUGUAUGAAAACCAGCGGGAUAAUCUCGCCCAGCAGUCUUUCAAUAUGGAACAAGCCAAUUACACAAUCCAGUCUCUGAAAGACACAAAAACAACGGUUGAUGCUAUGAAACUGGGAGUGAAAGAAAUGAAAAAAGCUUACAAACAAGUAAAAAUCGAUCAGAUUGAGGACUUACAAGAUCAACUGGAGGACAUGAUGGAAGAUGCCGGUGAGAUCCAAGAAGCCCUGGGUCGUAGUUAUGGAACCCCAGAGAUUGAUGAAGAGGACUUGGAGGCCGAACUGGAGGCUCUGGGGGAUGAACUUCUAGCUGAUGAGGACAGUUCCUAUCUGGACGAAGCAGCGUCUGUUCCGUCGAUUCCAGAAGGCAUGCCAACUGAAUCAAAAAACAAGGAUGGUGUGUUGGUGGAUGAAUUCGGAUUGCCGCAGAUCCCUGCCACAUAACUUGUUGAGUCCGUUGGGAAUGCUAUUUUUUCACUUUACAAACUUUUUAACAAAAACACUCAAGGGUCUGGAAAUUGUGGCUUUCCACAGUACUGCUCCACGUCUCAACAUUAUGGAACGUGGAUUAAAUGACAAAGAGAUAAUUCCCCUCCUUUUGAAGACAUUUUACUACUAGAUUUUUGUAUUAAUGGCAAGAGGUUGGCACGGCUCAUUCCUUUGCUGAGAACCCUUCAGAGUGCUAAAUCUUGGCUUGAUCACUCUUGUAGAAGUUAUUGUAUGGGAAUAUUUUGGGCUAUUUAUAGUUUUCUUUGAUUGAUAAUGCUCUCUGAAACACAAAAGGUGAUUGUUAUGGUUUUUCAGCCAAGGACUUCCAUUGUGCUUGCUUUGAUUGUAAUCUUUCUAAGAUGACUGUAAUAUUAUUUGCCAUAACCAUUAAGUGUAACUGUAACAAAUACAUCCAGA